UUUACAACAAAAUAUAUAACUAAACUCGCCUUAGGGCGUAAUGUGUUAUUAAAUUUGUUUUCGAGGCAACAAUAAAAAGACAAGUUCUUGAGUUUUCAGCAAAGUAGUGCGAAAAUUUUUUUUAACUGAUCAAAUAUUUUUUUUAGCUUGCCAAAAAAAAAGAAACUUAAAAUGAGUGGAAAUAUUGAGACGACCAGGAAAAAAAUAAAAGUUUGUGUUAUUGGUGCCGGCGCAGCUGGUUUAUGUGCAAUCCGGCAUUUGUCAAACGACCUGAUUUCUUUUGAACCCGCGGUAUUUGAACAGUCGGAAGUGAUCGGUGGUACUUGGGUUUACAGCGAAAAAACUCAAGCGGAUAUUGGUCAUCCUAUACAUUCCAGUAUAUAUAAAAAUCUCAGAACUAAUUUGCCUCUACAACUGAUGAAUUUUCCGGACUUUCAACGCAUGGACCAAACUGAACCCAGUUGUGGAACUCAUGAGCAAGUUUUAAAAUAUUUGCUAGAUUAUGCUGACCAUUUCAACCUUUGUCAAUUCAUUCAGUUCAAUAUGAAGGUCAUCAACGUUGAACCGAUUCUAAAAGAAGAAGAUUGGCGCAAAACAGAAUGGAAGGUAACAAUUAAAAAUUUAAAAACUGAUCUGGUCGAAGAGAAUAAUUUCGAUGCCGUUUUAAUUUGUAAUGGGCAUUAUUCGGAGCCAAAAAUUCCAAAAAUUUCGGGUAUAGAAACAUUUUCAGGAAAUGUGAUGCAUAGUCAUGAUUAUCGAAGCCCCGAAAAAUAUUCUGGAAAAACAGUAAUUAUUCUAGGAGCUGGUCCAUCUGGUAUUGAUAUUGGUAUUGAAAUUACUGGAUUUGCAACUCAUGUUUACUUGAGCCACAAUGGCCCUCGAUUUUCAAGUGCUUUACCUCCAAAUAUGACUGAAAUUACAAGAGUAAAGUUUGUCAACGGCAAUGAAUUUCAUUUAACAGAUGCCACAACUGUUAUUGCCGAUGAUUUGCUCUAUUGUACGGGAUAUAACUUCUCCUUUCUAUUUUUGGACGAAACUUGUCAUAUAAAGGUUGACAAUGAUCAUGUUAAUAUGCUAUUUAAUCAUUUAAUUAACAUCAAACAUCCAAAAAUGGCUUUUGUGGGGAUUCCUUUUAAAGUUAUACCUUUUCCAAUGUUUCAUAUUCAGGUUCAAUAUUUCUUACAGCUUUUAAAAGGGCAAGUUACGUUGCCAUCUCUAGAAGUUAUGAUAGAAGAUUCGAAAGUUAAAACCAAAAAAACUCAUGCUUUGGAAGCUUUUCAGUGGGAAUACAACGAUUAUUUAGCGGACGCAGCUGGAAUUGACAGACUUCCAAAAUUCUACAAAAUUGGAUAUUCUGAGUGGUCUGUCAAGAGAACAGAAAAUUUACUGCGAUACAAAUAUUCAAAAAUAGAAAUCAUAGAUGAUCAAACAGUAAAAAUUUCCAUUUAA